AUGGCUGCAUCUGCGAACGACGACGUGAUUUCCGAUGAGGCGUUGGAGAAUAUGCUGGAAUCAUUGGAGAAAACCGCAGAUACAAACGAUAUCAAUGAGUUACUCGCGGCGAUGAAUGAAAACGAAAUCAUCACCAGGGAGGAAGCAGAGAACAUUCUACAGGGCGAUAGUAGCGUUGUCAAAUGCGGCCUGCCUGAACACGUGCGACCGAGUGAUCCUGAAAACAAGACAGAUGUUGAUGAGUGCAUCUCAAAGCUAGAGCAGAACGAUCCGACUCUCACUGAGAUCAACCUCAACAAUAUGAAGCGAACUCCGAUUCCUCAUAUUCGACGGUUGCUGACUGCAAUAAAACAAAAUACACACCUGACAACUCUAAACCUUGCGAACCUGGCCCUGACUGACAGCGCAAUCGAGCCUUUGCUUGAUGCUUUGGAGACGAACACUAGUUUGAAAUCGCUCAACAUUGAGACGAACUACAUCACAGGUGAUAUGUUAGCGAAACUGUUUCGAGCAGCUCUCAAAACUCAAACCCUUGAAAUUGUAAAAGCUGUCAAUCAAAGUCCAACUUUCAGCACCGAGGCUGAAAUGGAAAUCAUGAAGUCCAUCUGCGCCAAUAAUGCACUUGUAAAAGUAAGCAUUGACCUGCGGCAUCCAGAAGCAAGGAACAAAGUGGAACUGACAACUAUUCGCAACGCUGACAUGUGUUGUAGCUUUCUCGAAACUGCCUUGUGA